AUGUGGCCCCUGGCCACUGUGAUCGCCUUCCUGACCGUGGCCCUGUCAGGCGGUACCUCUCAGGAGUAUCCCAAGAUUCUCAACGGCACCAACAGGACCAAAGGGUUUCUCCCCGGUGGCUACACCUGUCCGCCCCACUCUCAGCCCUGGCAGGCAGCCCUGCUGGUACAUGGGCGGCUGCUCUGUGGGGGGGUCCUCGUCCACCCAAGAUGGGUCGUCACGGCCGCACACUGUCUGAAAGAGGGGUACAGAGUCCACCUGGGCAAGCACGCGCUGGGGCGCGCGGAGGCCGGGGAGCAGGUGAGAGACGUGGUGCGCUCUAUCCCCCACCCUCUGUACCGGCGGAGCCUCACCCACCUGAACCACGACCACGACAUCAUGCUGCUGGAGCUGCACAGCCCGGUCCAGCUCACGAGCCACGCGCGCACGCUGCCUCUCUCCGACAGCGACUGCCUCCCCGCUGGCACCUGCUGCCGCGUGUCGGGCUGGGGCACCACCACCAGCCCCGAGGUGAGUUACCCACAAACCCUACAGUGCGCCAACAUCCAGCUGCGCUCGGAUGAGGAGUGCCGUCAAGUCUACCCCGGCAGGAUCACACCCAACAUGCUGUGUGCUGGCACACAAGAGGGCGGCAAGGAUUCCUGUGAGGGUGACUCCGGAGGCCCCCUGGUCUGCAACGGAAGACUCUAUGGCAUCAUCUCCUGGGGAGACUUCCCCUGUGGGCAGCCCAACCGGCCCGGCGUCUACACCCGCGUCUCUCAAUAUAUUUCCUGGAUCCAAGAAACAAUCCGAACACAGAAACCUCAGGAGCGGAAAUGGACAAAAAGCCCACAAUAA